AUUCUGCAACUGCGUCAACAAGUCUUUCUUUCUCAACAAAAUAAGCAGUUGACAUUCGAAAAAUACAAUUUUUAGUGUGUACUAAAUAAAAACAAUGUCACAAGGAUCCGGAACAGUGGCUGGCCGCCGAGAAGUAACAGGUCUGAACCGAAUGACCAGCAAGGGCCUAAAAGAGCUAUGUAAGAGGCACAAACUCUAUCAGACUCCGCGACUUAACGACGUACUUUAUUUGCAUUACCAGGGGUAUCAAUCCAUUGAGUGUUUGGAGGAGUAUACUGAGCUGAAGUGCCUUUGGCUUGAAUGUAAUGCCAUUUCUGAGAUCCAAGGCCUGGAGAAACUCAACAAACUAAACUGUCUGUUUCUUCAAAAUAAUCUCAUUACAAAAAUUGAAAAUUUGGCACCCUGUCCUGGGCUUGACACAAUUAACCUGAGCUCGAAUCAUAUUCGCAAAAUAGAGAAUAUUGGAAGCGACAUUUUACCUGUACUGAAUACACUUAAUAUAGCAUCCAACUACUUGAAAGAUGCCGAAAGCCUUUCAGAUUUGGUUCAAUGCAAGACAUUGUCUGUCUUGGAUCUGUCGAACAACAGAAUUGAUGAUAUACUCAUUGUGAAGAUAUUUGAGCAGAUGCCGAAUCUAAAAGUAUUAGUUUUGCAGGGAAAUCCAGUUGUAUCCCGACUUCCACAGUAUCGUAAAACACUAAUUCUGGCAUGUAAAGAACUUACAUAUUUGGACAGUCGUCCUGUAUUUCCUCGAGAUCGUGCUUGUGCUGAGGCUUGGAAACGAGAUGGCUAUGAAGGAGAACGUAAGGAAAACAAUCGCUGGAAUCGGGCUGAACGUCGAAAAAUACGUGACAGUGUCAACAGCACUAUUCGUAUGCGGAAUAAACAUAAACCAGCUGAUCAGCAAGAUCCUUUACUCAGGUCCAGUGAUUCGGAAGACGAGCAAAAAGCCCUCAAGUCCGCCGAGGAUUGCCGUAAAAAAUGCGAGCUGGAAAAUAAUACUGUGGAUGAUCUGUGGGACGAGGUAUCGGGACCGCCAUCCUCGAAGAAUAAUAGCAGCUGCAGUUCGGCAGAUGAUAAUGAAAGCGUCGGUUCCCAGGCCGAUUAUAUAGCUGAGCAAAUAAGUAAUCGCAGACCCCUAGAGGGACGCCCCAAGAACUUAUAUGAUACUCCAUCGAGUGAUACAGAAAUCAUUAAAAAGCCGGAAGAGAAGGUGCAACAGGAGGAAACUGAACAUAGUGAUAACGAUCAGGUAGAACCACAAGAGGUUACUACCAAGGGAAAGCGUAUUAUGAUAACGGAGGGAAAACUAGACGCCUUGGAGGAUGAUAAAAAAGCUGAUGAGGAAAUCAAAGAUGACGAUGUCAAAGAAACACCUGAAGCGGAUAACAAGACAGAACCUUUAGAUAAUACAAAAGAUAAUGAAAAAGCUUUAAACAGCGAUUCAGAGCAUGAUCCUAAAGAUUUAAUGGAAACAUGCCAGGCUCUUAGAACAUUGUCUCAAACCCAAGAUCAAAAUCGACAAGAAACCGCUCAGGAUAUUAGAAACAGGCUUGUCGAGGAAAUGAUGGCCUGUUACAAACCUGAAGGCCCAGAUAAUUCAGGCGUUAGUCUUGAGGAGCUACUGGAUAACGAAUCCAUAGACGAAUCAAGCGAAUUUGAUAUUGAGCAGAAAAUUGGCAAUAAUGUUAAUGGAAGUACUAACAAGAGACUGGAAGACAUAAGUUUGUUUUCUACUGUGAAGACCAGGGAACAAAUGGACUUGGAAGAAGACUGUGCUAUGGCCAAUGAAAAGUGCUCCCACGAUUUGGAAGAAAUGGGCAUGCACAUGGAGGAGGACCUACAGGAGCUUAGAAAGUCUUCAGAGCCUUUGUGUGGUUUGAUGGACGACUCAAUAGACCAAUCUGACACCGAGACAGACGAAGAGGCUUUGAAGGUUCAUUUGGAAGCCAAGUCGCCUGUCCUUACCGAGAAAAUGAAUGAAUGUCGAAAGCAACUGAUAACUAGGAUGGAGUCUAAACCUGAAGACGCCAAGCUUCCCACUCAAGAGGAAACUCAAGAUGCCUCAAAAUUGUUAGAAGAAUCGGAGAGAGAGCAGUUAUUUGCCAAAAUCUUGGACAAUAGUACAGAUGACGUGCCUACGAGAGUUUUUGGUGCUGGACAUGAUAUCCCAGCAAAGAAUUGGUCAAAGGAGGAGCUUAAGCUGCAACUGCCUCGAAAAGAAUUAAAGAAUCCCAAUAAAGAAGGCAAUGUUUUCAAAAAUCCCAUCACAAAUAUGACGAGCUUGGACGCCGCUGAAAGGAUUUGCGCUGAGAUGCAUCAAAAAAUGGCAGCAGAAGAGGAGGAGCUACGCAAACUUUUGCAGGAGUUGGAGGACGAAACCAAUGAAAUGUACAAUAUUGAAACGACGGUGGAGUACCAGGAGGAAGUCAUCGUAGAGGAUUCCGAGUUGAAGAGCAUUUGUACUUCGUUGCUAGACGAGCUCAUUGGAGAGCUGAUUGCCGAGGAGCCCAAGACCAAGAAUUUCGAGUUCGGAGUGAUAGAGUCUGAUGAGGAGUUCAGUUAUUCAGCAGAACCGAAGUUGGAGAAACUGGUACCACCUGAACUGGAGGAUCCGGCCCGUGGUAAAAGCAUUCGUGAAUGCCUGGACACGUUCUCUGAUUUUGUCAGCUCGAUGGUUGAUCCUUCGACUCCAACCUUACUGGGACGAAAACACACAUCUGGAGUGGAGAAAAUCCGUGCCGCCCAGGAGCUGUUGAAGUCGAAAAAUCUUGAGGAAUUUAACAAGGACACUGCUGAAAGUUUGGAUUCCCGAAUAAAUAUGGAAAACGAGAAACGUAAGCGCCAUGUUGCCAAUUCUGCGGCGAGGUGCUUUGCUCAACGCGACAAAUACGAUGACACAUUGGAGGUGGUCGAGAACAGGUUGAUGGUUGUCAAGAAGGACACUGGGGAAUUGGAGGAAUUGCCCCCACCACCGCCCUUAAUUAGUGACUCGGAGUCUGAUGACUAUGACACGGCCGAAGAGGAAAAAUCCCUGGAGGCGUAUCUGAAACGUCCCUGGACCACUCCCUACCAGCCCAAGCCCAGGAAGUCGGAGGAGCAUUUGGUUUUGGAGGCCUUGCAGCGGGCUGGUCUGGAUCCACAAUCCGAACAAUACGCCGACGAAGAAAAGGAGAAUGAUCCGGAAUCCGAGUUCCAUUCCCUUGAAGCUAUGACAACCUUCGGCACUCUGGACACUGAAUUCUUCCAGAAGCUGGAUCUCCAGAAAAUCCCCAACAACGAGGAGGCAGAAGCCGCCGUAGAAUGCAUGAGAAGCUACAACGAACUUAAGGCCUGUAUGAAGUCUGGAUCGCGGGAAGUGCAGUUCACCAAUGAAGAAACCGAAAUGCUUCAGACGAUUCUAACCAAAGAUGAUGCCGAAGCGUCCAAGGUAAAGCCGGUAGAUCCAAAAGUGGAGGAGGAAGAUGAGUUGUUAAAGAAAAUGGUAAUUCGCAUGAAAGAGUACGAGGAACGGGAACGCCAACUUCAGCUAAUACCACCUGCCCCUUCAGCUAAGGACACAUCGACUGAGAUGGGAGCCAUUAGCUUGUCUGUCGGUCGAUCUAAGAUUUUUGAACAAAAGAGCCAAGUUGAUGUUUCUGAUGAAGAAGACCCUGAGGAUAAAGACAAGACAUUUAACGAACUAAAGGAAGAAACUGUAGUUAAUACAAAAAUUAAAAUAUCCGACGAGGCAAGUGGCGACCAUGUAAUCGAGGAAUCUAAGCCUAAACCCCGACACAAUAAUGACAUUGACGACGACGGUCAGUCAGAUGCCCCAACCGAUUAUGAAUCUGGGGAGGAAGUAGCCAUGGUAGAGCCCCCUAAGCUACCAGAAUCCGUUUUAAAAUCAUUUUACUCCGAAGAAUUUAAGGCCGACUUGAAAAUGGUGCAAGAACGUGAAGAAGCCACGCGAAGAAACUUGUAUAGUCUUCACGAGAAGAAUAUGCAGAUAUCACUCAAUAGCCCAUCCUCUCAUGAGAUUGAUGAAAAUGCUUCACGAUCGGAAAUAGAACAAAAGAUAUGCCCCGCUGAAUUGGCUAGAAUUAAAGCCUCUGAAGCCGCAAAGGCCAAAUGGGCCAUAAUAUCCAAGAGAUUGCACAAAUUUCUUGAUCCCGAGGAUAUAGCCAGGUUGGAUAAACAGCCGUUUGGUGAAAGUGAUGAGUGUGAUGAUGAGGAAGAUUUUCAAUUAUUCGAAAUUGUAGAUGAACAAAAUGAGCAGGAGCAGGAUGAUGUAGUUGGGGAGGAUGAAAAAGAAACAGAUCCAGUUGAAGCUAUUAUAGAGGAGAAAAACCCAAAAGAAGGGAAAGAUCCGAGUACUGAAUCUGAAAAACAGGACGAUACAAACCAAGAUAAUACAGAUACCCCUUUAGCAUCUGGAUCAGAAGCCAUUAAUGUUGAAUCAAAUGGAUCAGAAACCACUAAUCUUGAAUCAAAUGAUAAAAAACCUUUUAUAAUUGAUUAUUUUGAAGCACCCGAAGAAAACCAUACAGAAGAUGAUCCAAUUUAUGAGGAAUCAGUAAAAACUCAAGAAAUUGAAUGUAGUUUGGAGAUUUUGGACGAUGAUGGUGAAGUUGUGAUCAAGGAGAUCGGAGUUAGUGCUCAGGUUACUUUUAAGUAGUUUUAUUUUCGUAUUCAGUUGCUAGUUAAUAACAAGUUGAUGAACAUUCCAAAAAUACAAAAAAAAAUAACAUACACAUUUCCCUAAUCGCCUCGAAUGAUAAGAGAUAGAUUUGAAUCCGCCUCGAACCAGUAAAGGAGCGAUCAGUCUAUGGAAAUUAAUAAAAUGUAAAAAACACUUGAAAAGCGAUUAGGCGGACUUCGGUUAUACCGUUUGCCCCGGCAGUCUAUCGAAAUU